UAAAUAUCACGUUACACCGGCUUGUUAACGACUUCCGGUUGUGAAAGAAGUCCACAUUUCUUUUAUUUUUUUGUUUAUUUUAACUGAUUGUCCUCGAAUCAAAAUGGGAAUUCUUGAGAAGAUAUCUGAAAUUGAAGCCGAGAUGGCUCGAACACAGAAAAACAAAGCAACGAUGGGCCAUCUUGGCCUUUUGAAAGCUCGCCUUGCCAAACUAAAACGUGAACUGAUUGAACCUAAAGGAGGCGGGGGUGGUGCCGGGGAAGGUUUCGAUGUGGCCAAAACUGGAGAUGCUAGAAUUGGUUUUGUUGGAUUUCCAUCAGUUGGCAAGUCAACUUUAUUGAGUAAUUUAGCUGGUGUUUAUUCCGAGGUUGCUGCAUAUGAGUUUACUACUCUAACCACUGUACCUGGUGUAAUUAGGUACAAAGGAGCUAAGAUUCAGCUGUUAGAUUUACCAGGUAUUAUUGAAGGAGCCAAAGAUGGCAAAGGUCGUGGUAAACAGGUUAUAGCAGUGGCAAGAACUUGCAACAUUAUAUUUAUAGUGCUAGAUGUACUGAAACCAUUACAGCACAAACGUUUGAUAGAGUAUGAACUCGAAGGGUUCGGUAUACGACUUAACAGAGACCCGCCAAAUAUUGGCUUCAAGAAAAAAGACAAGGGGGGACUAAAUCUCACUGCUACGGUUGCUCAGUCAGAGUUGGACCAAGAGUUGGUAAAAACUAUUCUAGCGGAGUAUAAGAUCCACAAUGCUGAUAUAACAUUGAGAGGUGACUACACGACGGAGGAUUUGAUUGACGUGGUAGAAGGAAACAGAAUUUACAUACCAGCUAUAUAUUUACUAAACAAGAUUGAUCAGAUUUCUAUAGAGGAACUGGACAUUAUAUACAAAGUACCUCACUGUGUACCAAUCUCAGCUCAUCAUAAAUGGAACUUUGAUGAUUUAUUGGAAAUGAUGUGGGACUAUCUAAGACUGUGCAGAAUUUACACCAAACCUAAAGGCCAGUUACCAGACUACACAGCUCCUAUUGUACUGAAGGAUGGAAAAAGCUCAAUGGAAGAUUUUUGUAACAAAGUGCAUAGAAGUAUCCUCAAAGAAUUUAAAUAUGCUCUUGUAUGGGGAUCAUCAGUCAAACAUCAACCACAGAAGGUCGGAAAAGAACACAUGCUUAAUGAUGAAGACGUUGUACAAAUUGUUAAAAAGAUUUGAUCAUAGUUUUGGACUAGAAAUAAAUUGGAUAUUUACACAGCAUUUACACACCUGGAAUAACUUACAUGCCUGUAUUGGCAUAAUGUGUACAUAAUGAAUGGAUGACAUCGCAUGUAUAAUACGUUAGAAUUAUAUAAUUUUGGGCUGGGCUGCAUAUGUGUUGAAGGAUUUUUGACAUGACUGUGUAUUAGACUGAGGUACAUGUGUUGUACAAUUUGGUAUAUGCGUAUGUAUUUGAGAAAUUGCUUAUUCUUAAGACAUUUAAAAGUGUGUGACAUAUUUGAGUGUUGAUGACAGUGCCACACAUGUGUUUUCUUUAUGGGGCAUAUAUAUGGAAUAUUGCAAUAUAUUUGUGAGAGAAAGUGUUAUAUUUGUCAAGUGAUGUCAGACUUGUGUUUGACAUAGUAAGUUAUGAUAUGCCUUAAACAUUGCUUUGUGUGACUUUGCCUGGACAACACAUGUUUUGGGCAGUUUUAUCAUUAUGCAUACUAGUAUAUGUUUUACACAAGUCCAGAUUUAUACUAAGACAGUGAAAGGCACACACAUGUAUGCCAUGAAUUGUUUAAUUAUACUUUAAAUUGAAAUUUUGACCUUGUUCCUGCAUGAUAAACAUUGUGACAGUACUGUGUAAUUGGGUUGUUACUAGUUACUAGUUUGAAAUAUGUUGACUGGUUUCUGUAAACUAAUAAUUAGAUUGGUUCCCUUGAAAUAUGUUUACUUAGUUUGAAAUAUGUUGACUGGUUUCUGUAAACUAAUAAUCUGAUUGGCUCCCUUAUAAUAUGUUGACUGGUUUCUGUAAUAAUUGGAUUGGUUCCCUUGAAGGUAAAUUAGUAUAACCCAGUCUGCUGUGUUAUUAAUUAAGAAUGAUAAAAGUCUUACAUGGAUUUACCAUUCUAAUUUUUUGCAAUUUUGUUUAAUAUUUGUUUACAUUCAAUAUACACAUGCAUUUUAAUUGAAGUCUUACUUUUCUGUGUUUAAAACGUUUUGGCAUGUGGCAUCCAUAGAUGUAUAUUUUUUCUCAAGCUUUCAUUAAAGGAAGAAUAAUCCAAUAUGAUGUGACAGUUUGAUUGAGCUAGUUUUUCAGAAAAUGGUUACAAUACGAUUUUGCUUUUGAAUAUUGGCUGUGUUCAAAGUUUGAUUGAUCUUUGUUAAGUGCUGUCAUUUUAUGCCUGUUUUCAUUUAAGAAAAUACAAUAAAAUCAUUUUCAGCUA